CGCGAAGAGGAGCCACAGGAGGAAGAGCUCGACUUCGAGGAGGAGAAGGAGGAGGAGAAGCGCGCGGAGGCCGUCGACUCCGACAAAGACGAGGGCGAACUCGAGGACGACGACGACUUGGAAGAGGGAGAAGUGAAGGAGGAGGAGGAGGAGGGCGAGGCGGAGGGGCGCGCCCACCAGCGCGUGGUGGCGCCCGAGGAGGCGCGCUCCACGACCAGCAUCUGUCGCUUCUACGGCAGAGGACAAUGUGAGGAUUGCACGUGGGGCAACAACUGUCGCUUCGUCCAUCCGACGGGCGCGCAGCACAAGAGGGCGCCGCCGCCGUUGCCAUCGCAACCGCCGCCGCCCGCUGUGGUGGUGCAGAGGCGGCCGCGCGAGCAGUUCUUUCCGGAGGGCGAGAGCGCGUGGGAGCGCGGGUUGAAACAGGCGAAGGAAAUGAUCGUGAGGGCGACGAAGCGGAAGGAGGAAGAGCUCGACUUCGAGGACAAGCGCUUCCACUUGGGAGUCGACGAGCAGCCGUCACGUGACUCUCUGUCGCCGCGAGACCAACAAUACGAGCGCAAAGACGACGAGUACGAGCGCAGGCGGCGUCUGGCGUUCGAGUCUGCGCCCUGGAACAACGACCCCGAACCGCCGCCGCCCGCGCAGACCAAAGCGCGCGCCAACGCCGAGACGUUUCGCGACCCCUGGCGGCGCUCCAAAUCGCCGCAGAACGUGACUGUGGCGCCGAAGAGGCAGAGGAGCGAAACGCGCGCAAAGAGGUCGCACUCCAUGUCCUCGAUCUCCGCCUCGGGCUCUGAGUCCAGUUUCUCGGGCUCCGCCUCCGAGUCGGUGUCCGAGAGUUCGGGAGACGAGAAGAGGAGAAGAUAUCGAAAAACGGUUUCCGAAAAAACCCGAACUUUCAAAAAAGAAAAGGACAACAAUAAUGAGUACGACUCGUGGAGCGAGAGUUUGAGCGAAAGCGAGGAUUCGAUGAGCAGUUAUUAUUCCGAAUCCGACAACCAAUCAGAGGAGCGGAAGGCUGGCGGCGCCCCGCCCCCUCCCAAACGCGCGAAAGUGGCGCCACAGACGGCCGAAAGCGCGAAGAAAUCUCCGAUAAAAAUGACUUUUCUGAAG